GAUGAUACUAAACAGACAAGCGAUUGAUUUAUUUGCAACCUAAAUUUAUAGUUUUACAAGUUCAAACAACCUGAAUUGGCUAAUAUAAAAAUAAAAUUUAUUUACAUCAUCAAUUAAAAUAUAUCACAUCUCUCUCUCUCUUACUAAUCCCAAGCCCCUCUCCCGUUCAAAUCCCAAACCCUAGCUACGGUUCUCCUUCCAAUCCCGCUCGAUCUUGUCGACCUACGCGGCUGUCGGCGCGCCAACCGCUGCUACGACGCUAGAUGUCGUCAUAUGAGAACGUUGUUGGUGGAAAGCUGAAGUUGAAGGGCAAAGCUUUGGAUGUGAAAGCAGGUGGGAUAAAAAAGAAAAAGAAACACAAGAAGCAUGAUGAGGGAUCUAAUGCAUUGGGAAAUGAUCUCUCUACAGGUGGAAAUGUAUCAACUGAUCACACUGAGGACAUAGAUGAGACCAAUAAAGAUGAUGGAAAAGAACAGGUUGCUUCAAUUGAUGAUCAUCUUACACCUGCUGAGAGGCGGUAUAUUGAGCAGAGGGGGCAAAUUGAUCUUCACAGAAUGGCUAAGACUGCCAACAAAUCGCAUCGUGAUCGGAUUCAAGAUUUUAAUCAGUAUCUAGCAAACCUAAGCGAGCAUUAUGACAUUCCGAAAGUUGGCCCUGGUUGACUCAUCCUUGCUGACCAGGGAACUUCCACUGCUCGCCAUUGUUCGCAGUUAUUGGGGGGGGGGGGGGGGGGGGGUCCAACAGUCUGGAAAAUGCAAUUUUCUUCAAUCAAAAGUGUUCAUUAUGUAUUCUAAUGGUCUGGACUUUGCAAUGUGAUGAGAUCUUUCACUGCAUUGUCAUAGUCUGGACUUUAAAGUGCAAAGUAAUGGGAACCUUCACUGCAAUAUUUUGUAUGAUAAAAUGUUAUUUGGACAAAUUGAUGUGGCUGCAUCUGCAUGGGAGGUCUAAUGCAGAAGCUUGUUCAAUAACUAUUCUUUAAUGCAGGAACUCUUUUUU